AUGUCGCUUGUUGUUCAAAGACCUCGGCAAUAUCUGAGCUCUGAGAUCAAUCAUGCAGGCCAGUUACGGCAAGCUCUAUUUGGUUAUUCGUUUGGGCUGCAUGUGACGGCGGCGCUGCGCGAUCAAGGCCUCGAGUCGUCGAACCUGAUACUCGGGAUCGACUUCACCAAGAGCAACGAAUGGACAUGGAAGCGGUCGUUCAACGGACAGAGCCUGCACAAGCUGGGCGGCACGCCCAACCCUUACGAGACGGCCAUCGGCAUCAUCGGCAAGACCCUCGCUCCCUUCGACGAGGACAACCUCAUCCCCUGCUUCGGCUUCGGCGACGCGACGACGCACGACUACAACGUCUUCAGCUUCCACCAGGACAACUCGCCGUGCCAUGGCUUUGAGGAGGUGCUGGCCUGCUACCAGAACGUCGUGCCGCACCUCAGGCUGUCAGGGCCGACGUCUUUCGCACCGAUCGUGGAGGCCGCAGUCGACAUCGUGGACAGGACCGGAGGGCAGUACCAUGUCCUGGUCAUCGUCGCCGACGGCCAGGUCACGAGGAGUAUUGAUACGAGCGAUGGCGAGCUGAGCCCUCAAGAGAGAAGAACUGUGGACUCCAUUGUCAUGGCCAGUUCCUACCCGCUGUCAAUCGUUCUGGUCGGAGUUGGGGAUGGCCCAUGGGAGGACAUGCAGAAGUUCGACGACAAGCUCCCCGCGCGCGCCUUCGACAACUUCCAGUUUGUGAACUUCACCUCGAUCAUGUCGAGGAACGCGACGCUGCAGCAGAAGGAGUCGGCCUUCGCGCUCGCCGCGCUCAUGGAGGUGCCCAUCCAGUACAAGGCCACCAUGGAGCUCGGCAUCCUUGGCCGGAGCACGAGAAAGGCCAAGAGGGUCGUGCCGGCUCCGCCGCCGCUGCCGGCGUCUUCGCAGAGGCAGCCAUCGUCGUUGAGGCGGGAAGGUAGCGGCACGAACGCCACGGUGCCGGCGGAGCCAAGAGAGGAUCAGGUCUGCCCGAUCUGCUUGACCAAUGCCAAGGAUCUAGCAUUUGGCUGUGGCCACAUGUGUUGCAGGGAGUGUGGGGAGAACCUUACCAGAUGCCCAAUAUGUCGAGAGACAAUACGGUCCAAGCUGAGGCUAUACUCGGGAUGAUAGCAACCAAACCUAUAUUUGUAUUUGUUCCAAAUGUGAAGCAUUAUGCAAAGGAAAUGCUACGAUUAAUUGUCGAUACUCAUCAGGCUUCCUGAAUUAUUCUGAUUGUUUGGUUCUA